UUACUUUUUUAAGAAAAAAAAAAAACAGGAUCGUGGCUGCCUGUGUGCUCCGAUCUCUCUCUUGAUCGUGAAUCAACUUCGUCUCCGUCGUCCGGUCGAUGAGUUCCUUCCCUUAAUCGAUUUUGCCUUUUAAGACCAAUCCUGGAUUUCAUUUCAAAAAGUCUCUGACGAAACAAAGAUGGCGAACGUCUCUGUUGCUGCGGAGUGGCAGCUUCUCUACAACCGAUAUUACAGGAAGCCUGAGAUCUACCAGAUGAGAUGGAAACAUGUAGAUUUGAGUCGCAACAAGGUGGCCUGCGCCUCCUUCGGUGGUCCCAUCGCAGUCAUUAGAGACGACUCCAAGAUCGUCCAGCUCUACGCCGAGUCUGCUCUAAGAAAGCUCCGCAUCUUCAACUCAGCAGGUGUGCUCCUCUCCGAGACCGUCUGGAAGCACCCCGGUGGACGCCUCAUCGGGAUGUCAUGGUCAGAUGAUCAGACAUUAAUCUCUAUUGUCCAAGACGGCACUAUCUAUCGUUACAACAUCCACGCCGAGCUUAUUCAGCCUAAUGUGACAAUGGGGAAAGAGUGCUUUGAGCAGAACGUGGUGGAGUGUGUCUUCUGGGGGAACGGUGUGGUCUGCUUGACGGAAGGAGGGCAGUUGUUUUGUAUCUCGGAUUUCAAGACGAUGAAGCCUUAUAAGCUUGCUGAUGUCCCCGGGUUGACGGAAGACGAUAUGCUUCAGCCGAGUUGCUUGGCUGUGAGGGAGCCUCAGUAUACUAUGUCUGGGAACGUUGAGGUGUUGGUAGCUGUUGGUGAUGAGAUUUAUGUUGUGGAUGAGGACGAGGCGCAGAGUAUUAGGUUCGAUGAGCCUGGUGGCGAAGACUCUGAGAUGGGGAAUGAUGAUUAUGGUGGGAGUUUGAUUGGUCCGGUGCAGAAGAUGAUUGUGUCACCUAAUGGAAAGUUCCUGACACUCUUCACUCAUGAUGGUCGGAUUGUUGUCGUUGGGAUGGAAUCAAAACAGAUUGCUAUUGACUACAGCUGUGAGUCAGCGCUUCCUCCUCAGCAAAUGGCGUGGUGUGGAAUGGACAGUGUGCUGCUCUAUUGGGAUGAGGAUUUGAUGAUGGUGGGUCCUUUGGGAGAUCCAGUACACUAUUUCUAUGAUGAGCCUGUGAUUCUCAUCCCAGAAUGCGAUGGAGUGAGGAUAUUAUCUAACACUAGUCUUGAGUUUCUGCAAAGAGUGCCUGACUCUACUGAGUCGAUCUUUAAGAUAGGAAGCACAUCACCUGCGGCUUUGUUGUACGAUGCUUUAGAUCAUUUUGACAGGCGAAGUGCUAAGGCAGAUGAAAAUUUGAGACUGAUUCGUUCAUCACUGUCUGAGGCUGUUGAAUCCUGUAUUGAUGCUGCUGGUCAUGAAUUUGAUGUAACUCGUCAGAGGGCUCUGCUACGAGCCGCAAGUUAUGGACAAGCUUUCAGCAGCAAUUUUCAGCGUGACCGUGUCCAAGAGACUUGUAGAACUUUAAGGGUUCUGAAUGCUGUUCGUGAUCCUGAUAUUGGCAUACCUCUUAGCAUUCAACAGUACAAGUUACUGACACCAGUGGUUUUGAUUAGUCGCCUGAUUAAUGCUCAUUCCCACCUUCUUGCUCUCCGGAUAUCUGAGUACUUAGGAAUGAAUAAAGAAGUGGUGAUAAUGCAUUGGGCGUGUGCAAAGAUAACUGCUUCACCAUCAACUCCAGAUACUCAUCUUCUUGAAAUUUUACUUGAUAAGCUCCAACUAUGCAGAGGAAUAUCUUAUGCUGCAGUGGCCACUCAUGCUGAUAACUGUGGACGUCGAAAGUUAGCUGCAAUGCUAGUUGAACAUGAACCACGCUCCACGAAACAGGUUCCUCUUUUACUAAGCAUUGGUGAGGAAGAUACCGCUUUAGUGAAAGCAACUGAGAGUGGUGACACCGACCUGGUUUAUCUUGUUAUAUUUCAUAUAUGGCAAAAGAGGCCUCCUUUGGAGUUCUUUGCAAUGAUCCAAGGCAGAGUUUUGGCACGUGAUUUAUUUGUAGCUUACGCACGGUGUCAUAAACAGGAAUUUCUGAAGGAUUUCUUUUUAUCUACGGGUCAGAUUCAUGAGGUAGCUUUCCUUUUAUGGAAAGAAUCAUGGGAUAUGGGGAAAAAUCCAAUGGCUAGCAAAGGAUCUCCGCUGCACGGUCCACGCAUAAAGCUAAUAGAGAAAGCCAGCAACCUUUUCUCUCAGACGAAGGAACACACUUUCGAGUCUAAGGCUGCCGAGGAGCAUGCAAAACUCCUGAGGAUACAACAUGAGCUAGAAGCUAGUACGAAGCAGGCUAUCUUUGUUGAUUCAAGCAUCAAUGAUACUAUACGUACAUGUAUUGUCCUGCGUAAUAAUCGCGCUGCAGCAAAAGUGAAGUCCGAAUUCAAGGUUUCUGAUAAAAGAUGGUAUUGGCUAAAAACAUUUGCUCUGGCUACAAUCAAAGACUGGGAAGCUCUCGAGAAGUUUUCAAAAGAAAGGAGACCACCAACAGGGUUCCGUCCAUUUGUGGAGGCAUGCAUUGAUGCAGAUGAGAAAGCGGAAGCUCUAAAAUACAUCCCCAAGCUUUCCGAUCUUGUGGAAAGAGGCGAGGCUUAUGCUCGAAUUGGAAUGGCCAAGGAAGCUGCUGAUGCAGCGGCUCAAGCAAAUGAUGGAGGAGAGUUGCUGGAGAGAUUCAGGAAGACUUUUUCACAGAAUGCUAUUUUUGAUACCCUGAAAAUGCCUUUCCAAGGAGCGUAGAGCUUUAGUCCUCAUGUUCCAGCGUCCUAUCAUUUGCUCUCUGCUUUUGAAGAUUUUUGUAACUAAACUCACGAGUGAGUGUGUGUAAAAGAUUGUAUGAGUGAGUAAAUUAAAUCAUGUGAAAAAAAUGGAAAUGGUUAUUCUCCUUAA